AAGAAGACGAAGCUAUCGAGUGAUGAGAAACUGAAAUACCAGCAAAUGGUUGACCAGUCGUUGCACGAGUCCAGCGGCGGUCACACGACCUCCUCUUCGGGCGCCACUUCCUCCACAUCUGAGGGCCCGACCGGUGGUUCGGCACUGAAAUGGAUGACUCCGGCGGAGAAGAAGUUCUUAGACCAGCAGACGAGACGACAGACUGAACGCAUACUCCAGAAGGCGUCCAAAAGCCAUAAACAAAGGGUCGAAGAGUUCAAUACACAUCUCGAGAACCUCACCGAACACUACGAUAUUCCCAAAGUGAGCUGGACCAAAUAG